AUGAAAUUUAAAAUAUUUUCAAUUAUCGGUGUUUUAUUAUGCAGUUUCUAUGUUGUUACUUCAUCCCCAAUUGUCCCAAAAGAAUUUUUUGAAUUAGAACCUAGGCAAGAACCUGUACCGUAUAUUUUUGAUCCUUUACCUAAAUUGACAGAUUCUUCACCCACAACUCGUUCUUAUGAAUUUGAAUUGAGAAAAGAAAAUCUUUCUCCUGAUGGUUUUGAAAGAACUGUGUGGACGGUUAAUGGUCAGUACCCUGGACCUCUCAUUCAAGCUAAUAAAGGCGACCGCAUAGUGUUCAAAGUAACUAAUAAUUUUGGGGAACCUGCUACUAUUCAUUCACACGGAAUUUUCCAGCGCGGAACAAAUUGGUACGAUGGAGUGCCAGGGCAAACCCAAUGUCCUAUUCCGGAUAAAAAAUCAUUCACCUAUAAUUACACUUUGACUCAAUCUGGCACUUAUUGGUAUCAUUCGCAUUUUCUUGCUCAAUAUGUUGAUGGACUAGUUGGUCCACUCAUUGUUCAUGAUUCAGAAGACUAUUAUUUUAAUAAUUGUGAUGAAGAAUAUGUACUUACGAUAAGUGAUUGGUAUCAUGAUCCUACUUCAGUACUUCUUCCUUUGAGAAUGGCUCCUGGCUAUACGGGACUAAAUCCUGUCCCUGAUUCUAUUCUUAUCAGUGGUGCAGGUCAAUACAACUGUUCGUCACCAGCAGCAGGUAGUAAUUGUAAUUCUAAUGUCACACCUGCCACCUAUAAUGUUCAAAAAGGAAAGAAAUAUAGAUUUCGCAUCAUCAACACUAGUGCCUACGCAUUCUUUUUCUUUACCAUUGAUAAUCAUUCACUCAAGGUUAUUGAAGUUGACGGGGUUUCUGUAAAAGAUACUGAUUCUUCCAUAGUAAAUGUCUUGCCAAUUCAUUGUGCUCAACGGUAUUCGGUUGUAGUUAACUGUGAUCAACCAAUUGCCAAUUAUUUCAUCCGGGCUGUCAUUCCUGAUCAAUGUGUACCUAGACCAAAUAAUACUAUCAACUAUAAUUCUUCUCUCACCAAUGGUACUGGUAUUCUUCACUAUGAUGGUGCUGACAGUAAUAAACCCACAUCAACUCCAUAUUCAUUUGACCUCCCACCUUGUGAGGAUCUUAAUGCUGAUGCUAUACGACCAUACGAAGAUAGUAAACCACCCGUCGACGUUACUGAUGAAUUUGUAUUUAACGUCACAUUCGCUCCUGAUGAUAAAAAUGUCAGUACCUUCCGAAUCAAUAAUUCAUCCUUUGUUGCUGUUUUCAAUAAUCCUUCGAAUCAAAGGAUAUUGGAAACUGGGGGUUUUUCUGAUUUCGAAGUAUCUCAAAACGCAUACGGUUAUGAUCACUCCGAGGGAUGUGUUCAAAUUAUUCUUUUAAAUAGUUUGAGAACAGAUCAUCCAUUCCAUUUACACGGUCACGCCUUUUGGUUAAUUGCGUCAGGACCGGGAAUAGAUCCCAAAAAUUUAUCUACAUUCAAUUUGGAAAAUCCAGUCAUUAGGGAUACUGCUGUAGUACCUCCACAAGGUCACCUAGUAAUAAGAUAUCUUGCAGAUAAUCCUGGUGUAUGGGCGUUCCAUUGUCAUAUUGAAUGGCACGUAGAAUUGGGUAUGGUGGCUCAAUUAAUUGAAAGGCCCACAGAAUUCAGUAAAGAAACCCUUCCAGAUGAUGUUAAGGAAUUGUGUGUGGAAUACAAUAAUUCCGUAAAUAAAAAACGUUCAACUAUUUUGCCUAGAAAUUUUAUGGCUAAGAAAUUACAAAUGUUUAGGAAAGUCAAAUCCUGCUCGUCGGAGCCGGACUUCCUGACAACUGUGGUUGCAAAUAAAGUUUGUGCAUCAGCUCUGAAAGCUGUUAUUUUAGGGGCACAACCUAUUAUAGUAAUUAUAACUAUUCCAAGUACUUUGCCAAACUUAUAUUCCACGAGUAAUAGGGGGCUUAAAUUUAAUGAAUUAUUUGUAUCAUCUAAUGUCAAAGAACCUUUCUUUUUAGCAAAUCAAGACAUCGAAGAAUUAAAAAAUCAAGUUGAAACCAAUAACGAUAUCUUCAAUUGCAUUGAUUUCAAUAAACCAAAAAUUAACAUUAGCAAUGAUGGUGACUCAAAUGUUUGGAAUGAACAAUAUCGUUCAAAUGUCUCGGAUUUCAUUUCGGUAAAAUCAAAUUUAUAUUUUGGAACUUCAGCUACUUCACACGAUAAAAUUGAAAAGCUAAUUAAAUUGAUUGUUGAGAAAAAAAAUGAAAUUGACGAAAUACUACUAGAGUCACAACCUACAUAUAUUAUGGGACUCGAUUUUCAGGAAGAUUCCUCUGUGCCAUGCAUUUCAUUCGGGGUUACUGAGAAACUUGAAAUGACUAUUAUGGAAAAGCUUGAAGCAUUGUUUGAUGAUGAAUUUGAUGUUGUAAGCCAUGUGAUACCUCUCCCAGAUGAGGGCAUUGAUAAAAAUAAUCAUUCUUAUAAAGGUAAUCUAAAAACUGGUUCGGGUUAUUUUCUUGAAUCUGUUAAAAUUUGUGUCUCACCAAUUGAAUCCACUCCUGAUGAACCUUUAUACAGAGUUAAAGAUAAUCCAUUUCCAGAUCAGUCUAACAAUGAUAUUGAUAUUUCCGAAACUUCUGUAGUGAAUAAAGGUAUUGAUGGACAAAUUAAUGGAGAAAUUGGCUAUAAAUUGGGUGCUCAAGUGAAAGCAAACUAUGGUAAAAGUAAUGCGAAUAAUACCACAACCACAACAAAACAAUGGGAACUAAUUGUUGAUGGUUGUGGUAGAACUGGAUUAUCAUGGAAAUAUAAUCACAUUGAUAACCCCAAUAAGAAUGUCAACAAUAGAAGAAACUUCGCUCCUGGAAAACACUCUUGUGAUUGGUAUAUUCUUAAAGCAAUGUGUGGAUUUCGUAUUACUAUUACUCAAGUGUUAUGUUGCAAGUUAUUACAAGUAGUUGGAAUUUAUCAACAGAAUCAAAGUUAG